AUGGGGACUCACAGCCCAGUUGUGAUCUGCUUUGCUUUAGAGUGCUUCUUAUGGUUCCCCCCAGUAAGAGGUGAGGAAGGUUGCGUGAAUGCUGAACUUUGUUCAGGCACCGAAUGGGUUCGUCUGUGGUAUAUCUGGCUAGCGGUUGUGAUUGGUGGGCUGCUGCUCCUGUGUGGCCUGGUUUCAGCCUGUGUGAGAUGCUGUUUUCAUCUCCGUCAGACAGGGGAGGAAUCAGGUCCUCAGCCCUAUGAGGUUACAGUCAUUGCUUUUGACCAUGACAGCACCCUCCAGAGCACCAUUACCUCUCUCCAUUCCGUGUUUGGGCCUGCAGCCAGAAGGAUAUUAGCAGUGGCACACUCCCAUAAUGCUAUGCAGGGAACACCACCCCUCUCUGGAUCAGACACUCCUCCAGUCUAUGAAGAAGCUCUGCACAUGAGCAGAUUCACAGUUGCCAAGACUGGGCAGAAAGUGCGAGACCUGGAUUCAGUGCCAGAAGAAAAACUGCAGAUAUCCACUGAGGGCAAUGAUUCCCAACCAGCCCUUCCAGCAUGCUAG